AUGAAUUCAUUCAUUUAUUAUUUGCUCAUCUUCCUUUCGAUCUCUAUUAAACAUGGACACAGUUAUUCAUCUGGUGCUCCACCGAUUGCAUGCGGACCAAUGCUUCCUCAACAUGAUGUUUCUUCUCAAGCAUGUUCAUCGAAGUAUAUAAUUGAAUCGAACACGUUACAAUAUUCUACAAAUGAUACAGUGCAGAUUACUAUUCGUGGUUCAACAAUUUCUAAUACAUUUAGAGGUAUUCUAUUAAUAGCAAAAACAAAAACCAAUCAACAAAUUAUUGGAACUUGGUCAGUACUAGAUUCAACUAUUCAAACACUUAGUUGUGGUGGAAUACCCAAUACUGGCAUCACUCAUAACUCACCCGUGGAUAAAUCAUCGAUACACGCAUCUUGGCAUCCACCAUCAACUAUAACCAACGACCCCAUUGUUAUUAAAGCAACAAUCGUCCAAUCAUUCAAUCAAAUAUACGUUGGUUGUUUUAGUAUUACAUUAACUGCUAAAUCUACUAAUGCAUUAACCACUGUAGCAAGUGGUCAAGAUCAUGUUUUUGUCUGCAAACGUUCAGCUAACGAUAAAAUUUCAGUUGUUCGUGGUAUUAAUCCACUUGGUAAUUCACCAACAGUGUUAGGUGGUACUACGGCAAAUUUGGGUGGUAAAUUAACUCCUACUUUGUUGGCUCUCCGCAAUGGUGUGGCUUAUUGUGAAUUUAAUUUAUCAAAUUUUAGUGCCUCAAAACGCCGACGACGUGCUAUUGCCAAACUAUCUCAAUCUCAACCUUAUAGUACACUUAUAGCUAUUGGAAAUUUAGAUAGAUUCGACAGGAUGAUUAAGCAUACAUCACGUGCAGCACUGCCACGAAUCGUUCGGCUUAACAUAGCAACAGCAAUUGCGUAUAAUUGA